AUGGUAUUCCUUUGCACUUUGGAUGCUAUACAAGCUUCGGAGAAACAUUGUAAUCUUCAAUGUCCCUUUGGUCAAGUUUGUUGCCAGCCUAGUUUAAGUGUACAACCUACUUGUAUCGAUGUAUGCAGAUUCUUGCGAUGUGGCAACGGAUUGCAAUGUUACACCAAUCCACAGGGUCAACCAAGAUGUGGACUUCCAUCUGGAACAUCCCCAGUUACCACUACCAGUGUGUCCACUGGACCAGCGAGUACUACAGGUGUAACUACCUCAGCACCUCCAGUAACAUCAUCAUUCCCAACCACAUCAACUCCACCAAUAACAACAUCUGAGAUCACUACUUCGGCGAUCACUACAUCGGAUAUAACUACCUCUGAGUUGACAACAUCGGAGAUAACUUCUGAUAUCACAUCCCAGAUCACAACAUCAGAGUUGACGACGUCGGAGAUCACCUCCCAGAUCACUACAUCUGAGCUCACUUCCCAGAUUACUACUUCGGAGCUCACUUCCCAGAUCACCACUUCUGAGUUGACCACGUCUACUCCGACGACCUCUACUCCAACUACCUCUUCAUCUUCACAACAGUCAUCAUCAUCCUCAGAGCCCCCAAGAACUUUCAAUCUUCGUGGAAGCAUCUUCAAUGAUACCAACGGCGAUGGAAGCAAUGAGGGUGAGCCACUGCUCGGUGGUAUCAAGGUAGUGUUGACCAAGGAUGGUAACAUUGUCAAGGAGUUCAUCACUGAUGCUUCAGGCUCAGCAGAGGACCAGUUGUCAGCCCACGACUUGGCAGAGGGUAGCUACUGUAUCACUGUUACCGAUCCAAACGGUCUCUAUGCCCCAGGUCCAAAGGGUACCUCCAACAAGUUGAACGGCGCUGGAAAGUACUGUUUCACCUUGAACAAGGACACCCCAGCAGGUCCAUUCGAUAUCUAUGGAGGAAUGAUCCCAGUGUUCACUAUUCGCGGCCAUACCUACAACGAUGUCAACAUGGAUGGUGCUCUUAAUCUUAAGCGCAGAUUCCUCCGUAUGAUCAAUGCAGAGGAGUACAUCGGAGGCAUUAAUGGUUUGCUCACCAACAGCGAUACUGGCUUAACUUUCCCAUUCGUCACCGACGACGUCGAUGGUUACAUCAUCAAGAACCUCAUUGGUGGCAACUACUGUCUCGAUCUCAAGGACAACCUUGAGAACUGGAUCGUUUCUGUCAAGGGUCCCAACAACCCAUUCGACGAGAACGGACACUACUGCUUCGUCUUGAACAUCCCCUCUACCUCCGAUGCCCACGAGCUCGUUCUUGACGAGGGUCUCACCAGCUUGUACACCGUCCAAGGUUUCUCCUUCAACGACACCAACAACGACGGUAUCUUUGCCGAUCCCGACACCAAGAUUGGUGGCUACGCCGCCGAUCUCGUGCAAGCCGACGGCACUGUUGUCUUCUCAUUCAACACUGACGCCACUGAGGGAUACAAGAUUGCCAGGAUUGGCGGUGGUGACUACUGUCUCCAGUUCAAGUUCACCCCCGAUCAACUCAAGAAGCUCCUUGUAUCACCAGUUGCCACUGACAACCUGUUUGACAAGGAUGGCAAGUACUGCUUCACUCUCUCACCCUCCACCACCACCAGACACGUCUUGAACGCCUCCAUCGGUCUAUACGCGCCACUCUUUGAGAUCCGUGGUCAUGCAUUCCUUGACACUGGCAAGAAUGGUCAUGACGACGGUACCGACCCAUUGUACAAUGGUAUCCAGAUGUCUUUGUACGACUCGGCUGGCGCCCUCGUCAAGACUGUCACUACCGACAAGACAUUGCCACGUGGUGAGAACUACAAGUUCACUGAUCUCUCACCAGGCGACUACUGUCUCAAGGCUGUCGACCCAUCUGGAGGCGGCCUCAUUGGUCCAAUUGGCAUCUCAAACAAGUUCAACUCAACUGGUGACUACUGUUUCACUCUCUCCACCACUGAGGGAUCAUUGGUGAUCGAUGUUGGAUUUGUCAAGCCAUACAGCAUCCAUGGAUUCGCCUUCUCAGACACUGACAACAAUGGUGACAUGACCAGCACUGAUGCAAAGAUCUCUGGUAUCGCUGGUCGUGUGCUUGAUAAGAACGGAGAGGUCGUUGGUAACUUUGUCACCUCUGCUACUGGAGAGUACACCGUUGACAACCUUGGACCAGGUGACUACUGCAUCCAGCUCGACCUCACUCAAGAGCAGAAGGACACCUUCCUCAUCUCCAAGGAAGGCACUGACAGCAAGUUCGACAAGGAUGGCAAGCGAUGCUUUAACAUUGCAGAGCAGAAUCCAAUCGUCAACCCAGUCACCGAAGCAUCAAUCGGUCUCUACUCACCAGUUAUCACCCUCAAGGGUCAUGCCUUUGACGAUCUCAAUGAGGAUGGCAAUGACCAGGGAACUGAUCCAUUGCUGGGCAACAUCACCAUCACCUUGAAGUUUGCCGCUAACGACUCUGAGAUCAAGUCCUGGGUCACUGAUGACAAGGCUGCUCGCAAUGAACAGUACACCUACCCAAUCUCCCCUGGUGACUACUGCCUCUACGCCGUCGAUCCAAAGGGAAGGAAGGUCAUUGGAACCAAGGGUACCACCAACCCCUUUGAUGAUACUGGAAAGUACUGCUUCAAGGUCAAGGCUGGCGACGCAGAUCCACUCAUCAUUGACGCUGGAUUCGAUCCAGUUUACAUGAUCAACGGAUACAUUUGGGAUGACAAGAACCAGAACGGUAACUUUGACGCUGGAGAGGACAAGUUGGAUAUUCUAACAGGUACCCUCACUGAUAAGACCACUGGCGCAACAAUUGGAACUGUCACCUCUGACGUAGUCAACGGUUACAAGUUUGACCCAAGCACCAAGUUGAAGGCAGGCGAUUACUGCAUCAAGUUCAACCUCACUCCUGAGCAGAAGGACAGAUACUUGGUGUCUCCAGUCUCUGGCGACAACCUGUUCGACAAAGAUGCCUCCCACUGUGUCUCCCUCACCAGAGCCGCCCCAGAGGUCAACAUUCCAAUUGGUAUCUACGUACCAACCAUCAAUUUGCAGGGCCAUGCCUUUGACGAUGUCAAUGAGGACGGUGAAUUCACCACCGGUGAAUCAUUGCUCGCUGCCAGCAUCGUACUACAGGAUGCCGCCGGUACUGUCCUGAAGACUUGGACGACCGACCCUGCCGCUGGUCCAAACAAGGGUUUCGAGUAUCCACUCACCCCAGGCAAGUACUGCAUGAACGCCAGCACACCCAACACCGACCCCGCCAAGAUAUACUACAUUGGACCAAUGGGCAAAGACAACCACUUUGCCCUCGAUGGAACCUACUGCUUCACUGUCCGCGCAUCCGAUCCCAACCCACUCACUGUCCUUGCUGGAUUCGUACCCAGCUUCAGCAUUUCCGGAUUUGUCUGGAAUGAUUUGGACAAUAAUGGAAACUACCUUUCAACUGAGAACAAGCUCGAUUCAUUCGAGGGCACUCUCACUGAUAAGACAUCAGGAAAUGUUCUCGAUACCUUCACUUCAACUAGCACCUCUGGCUUCAAGUUGGACAAGCUCAAGGGUGGUGACUACUGUAUUCAGUUCAAGUUACCACAACCAGUUGUACCAAACAAGUACGUUGUCUCGCCAGUUGGCACUGACAACAAGUAUGACGCCACUGGCAAGCAAUGUGUCACACUAGCAAGAGCUACACCAACCGCCACCGUACCACUCGGUGUCUACGCACCAAAGUUCACCAUCCAAGGUCAUGUCUUUGAUGAUGUAGGAGAUGAUGGAGAUGACAAGGGUACUGAUCCACUACUUGGCGGUAUGGUAGUCACUUUGAGAGACUCCAAGAACGCUGUGUUGAAGUCAUGGACCACUGUUGCCUCUGACCCAAGAAACAAGCAGUUUGAGAUGCCCGAUCUCGAGGCUGGCGACUACUGUCUCAAUGUCACCGACCCAACCAACAAGUACCACAUUGGAACCAAGGGUGUAUCCAACCAGUUUGGCCCAGAUGGCAACUACUGUUUCCCUAUCAAGCCAACCGACUCCUCGCCAGUCACAGUCCUUGCCGGAAUGGAUCCCUACUACGGCAUCACCGGUUUCAUUUGGAUUGACAAGGAUGGUAAUGGAAACUACGUACCCGAGGAGGUCAAGACUGAUAUCCUCCAAGGUGUCAUCUCAGACUCCACUGGACAGCCAGUGGGCACCUUCACAUCGGACAAGGUCACUGGCUUCGACUUGAGCGCAAUCAGAUUCAAGGCUGGCCAGUACUGCAUCCAGUUCACUCUCGACUCAACCCAGAAGGACCAGUACAAGAUCUCCCCCAUCGCCAAUGAUAACAAGUACGACCCCACCGGCAAGCAAUGUGUCAUACUCACCAGAGCUGCACCAGUUGCCGCCGCACCACUUGGUAUCUACGUUCCAACCUUCACCGUCCAAGGUCAUGCCUUUGAUGACUUGGGAGAUGAUGGAAUUGAUCCAGGUACCGAUCCAUUGCUUAGUGGCAUUUUGUUCACAUUAAGAGACUCUGCCAACACUGUGUUGAAGACAUGGACCACUGAUGCCUCUGGCACCAGAGAUAAGCAGUUUGAGUAUCCAGGUUUUGUCCCAGGCAGCUACUGCCUCAACGCCACCGACACCACUGGAAAGCGUGUCAUUGGCACCAAGGGCACUUCCAACGUCUUUGACAAGGAUGGCAACUACUGUUUCAUCGUCAAGGCCACCGACACCGAUCCAAUCACAGUUCAUGCUGGAUUCGAUCCAAUCUAUGGCAUUACUGGAUUUGAAUGGAUUGAUACCGACAAGAAUGGAAACUAUGUCAACUCGGAGACCAAGACUGAUAUUCUCACUGGAGACCUAACCGAUUCAACUGGAGCAAAGGUUGGAACAGUCACCUCUGACAAGGUAAAGGGCUUCGACUUUGGUACCACCGUGUUCAAGGCCGGCCAAUACUGCAUCCAGUUCAACCUCUCCCCAGAUCAGUUGAAGAAGUACAAGGUCUCACCAAUCGCCACCGACAACAAGUACGACCCCACCGGCAAGCAAUGUGUCACACUCACAAGAGAUGCACCAGUUAAUGCCGCCCCCAUUGGUAUAUAUGAACCAACCUUUACUGUCCAAGGUCAUGCCUUUGAUGAUCUAGCAAGUGACGGAGUCGACCCUGGCACCGAUCCAUUGCUCGAUGGCAUUCUGAUCAAGUUGACCAACAUGGAUACCAACACUGAUGUUGGUUCCCCAGUUACUACCGUUUCCACAUCCCCAAGACAACAACAGUUCAAGUACCAGGAUAUCCCGACUGGCAAGUACUGUCUCACUGCCUCUGACCCAACUGGAAAGCGCGAGAUUGGCAACCCAGGCACCUCCAACGUCUUUGGAAAGGAUGGCAAGUACUGCUUCGAAGUCAAGGCCACAGACACCGAUCCAAUCGUUGCCUUGGUUGGAUUCGAUCCAAUCUACAGUAUCACUGGUUUCGAGUUUGAGGACAAGAACAAGGAUGGCAAAUUUGAUCCAACUGACGAAAAGAUUGAUAUUCUCAAUGGUGUUGUCACUGACAAGGCUACCGGCAGUCAGGUCGGAACUGUCACAUCGGACAAGGUCAACGGCUUCAAUUUUGGUUCCACCAAGUUCAAAGAGGGCAUUUAUUGCAUCAAGUUCAACCUCUCACCUGAGCAGAUGGACAAGUACAUCUUCUCGCCAACAUCUGGAGUCGACAGCAAGUAUGACAUUUCCGGCAAGCAAUGUGUCUCCCUCACCAGAGCUGCACCAGUUGCCGCUGCACCCGUCGGCAUUUACAUUCCAACCUACAUCCUUCAAGGUCAUGUCUUUGAUGACUUGGGCAAUGAUGGUGUUGACCCAGGCACUGACCCAUUACUCGGAGACAUUGUAGUCACUUUGAGAGACUCUACCAACACUGUGUUGAAGCAAUGGACCACUCUUGCCGCCGCAGCUGACCGAACCAAACAGUUCGUGUACCCUGAUCUGGCACCAGGCAGCUACUGCCUCAACGCCACCGACCCAGCCAACAAGUACCACAUUGGCACCAAGGGCACCUCCAACCUCUUUGAGCAAGAUGGAAACUACUGUUUCAUCGUCAAGGCCACCGACACCAACCCAAUCAAUGUCGCUGCUGGAUUCGACCCCAUCUACCGUAUCACUGGUUUCGAGUUUGACGACAAGGACAAGAAUGGAAACUUCGCUCCCACCGAAGACAAGCUUGAUAUUUUCACUGGUGACGUCACUGACUCGACUGGAGCCAAGGUUGGCACUGUCAAGUCCGACAAGGUCGAUGGCUUCGACUUUGGAACCCUUCAAUUCAAGGAGGGCCAGUACUGCAUCCAGUUCAACCUCUCCCAAGAUCAGUUGGCCAAGUACAGAGUAUCACCAAUCGCCACCGACAACAAGUAUGACGCCACCGGCAAGCAAUGUGUCACACUCACCAGAGCUGCACCAGUUUUCGCCGCACCACUUGGUGUCUAUGAGCCAACCUUCACUGUCAAGGGACAUGUCUUUGAUGACUUAGGAAAUGAUGGAAAUGACCCAGGCACUGAUCCAUUGCUUGGAAGUAUCGCCGUCAAGUUGACCGACACUGCCACCAAUACCGUUAUUAAUACUAUCACGACUAAUGCCGCCGCUGCAAGAACUGAGCAAUUCCAAUUCCCUAAUCUCAAGACUGGCAGCUACUGUCUCAAUGUUACUGACCCAGCUGGAAAGCAUGAAAUUGGCACCAAGGGAACUUCCAACGUCUUUAACAAGGAUGGUAACUACUGUUUCACCAUCAAGGCAACCGACACCGAUCCAAUCGUUGUUCUUGCAGGAAUGGACCCAAUCUAUAAAAUCUCUGGAUUUGAAUGGAUUGAUACCGAUAAGGAUGGCAACUAUUUAGCAACCGAGGCCAAGACUGAUAUUCUCAAUGGUGUUGUCAUUGACCAAGCCACCAACUCUCAGGUUGGCACUGUCUCCUCGGACGAGGUCACUGGCUUCGACUUUGGAACCACCAAGUUCAAGGAGGGCACAUACUGCAUCCAGUUCAACCUCACCCCAGAGCAGAAGAACAUGUACCUUAUCUCACCAAUCGCCAACGACAACAAGUACGACGCCACUGGCAAGCAAUGCGUCACACUCACCAGAGCUGCACCAGUUGUCAAUGCACCAAUUGGUAUCUAUGUGCCAACGAUCAACAUCGCUGGACAUGCCUUUAUUGAUGUGGCAGGGGAUGGAACUGACCAGCCUGCGACAGAUAGUAUGCUCGGUGGCGCUUUGAUCACUUUGAGAAACAAUCCAUCAACAGGAGCAGACUUGAAGUCCUGGACUACCAGCAACCAAGACGCUCGUUUGAAGCAAUACGAGUACCCUCUGACCCCUGGUGACUAUUGCAUGACCGCCUCCACUACAUCGAAUGAAUAUAAGGUUGGACCAACAGGACCAGACAGCAAAUUCGAUCCGGCCACAGGACUAUACUGCUUCACAAUCAAGGCAACUGAUACCAGUCCAGUACCAAUCACUGUGGGCUUUGUUAAAAUUCAAUACCAGGUACUAUUCAAUGUUUACAAUGAUGUCAAUAGAGACGGUAUCAAAGAUACAUCAGAACCAGGUCUUCCAUCUUUCCGUGGAUCUAUAACCAGAGUGUCAGAUGGUGCUACUGUCGGAGCCAUCGAUACUGACCCAGUUGGAAAUGAUGUCGACCCUCUAUCCAGCUCUGGUGACUACUGUGUCCAAAUCACCUUCCCACAGCCAGCCUAUGGUGACGUUUGGGACAUCUCACCAAAGACUACUACUGGAAACAAUUUCGACAACACUGCCAAGUAUUGUUUCACAGCCGACAAGGCCACCUAUCCUGAUGGCAACAUCAUCGUGAAUCUGGCAGUCAACAAGCCACCCACAAAAAAGACCAUCCAGGGUGAGGUCUUCUUGGACGCCAACGCGAACGGUAUCGAUGAUACCGAGACUUUGCUAGGUGGCAUAACCGUGAGGUUGAUGGAGUAUAACACAGAACUCCAGAAAUGGACAACUGAUGCCAAUGGAGCAAGGGACAACCAGUUCUCAAGACCCCAACAACUUGGAUACUACUGUGUUGAAGUCUCUGACCCUUCUGGAACCUAUGUCCCAGGUCCUAAAGGUCCCACGACCACAGACUCGCAGAUCAACAGCAAUGGUGAAUACUGUUUCUUCCUUGAGAGAAACUCACCCGAUCCAUUUAUUGUCCGUGCAGGAAUGGUUCCCAAGACAGUCAAUCCGUAG